GUCAGAUUGAAGCGCGGCUAUAGGCCUAACGAGCAUGCGUGUGUGUAUUUGUGUGUGUGUGCUACAUUGCGUCCAUUUCACCUUGACAUCAGACUACAGAAAAUCUUACAACACGCCGCGUUUUUUUAUCAACUAAAACCAUCCAGGAUGCAGAAUAUUAUUGUGACAACCGUGAUUAUCAGCAGUUUGGCCGCCGUAGGUGACACACUGUCCUGCUACAACUGCCGGUCCGACCGGACCCCGGUCUGCGGAAGAACGCUUAAUGUGGCCGAGAGAGAGAAAAGCAAUUAUAUCUCGGAGUGUGACGACUCAUUAUUCCCAGUGGGAUGUAAGAAGAUAAUCACCAACGAGUACAAUCAAGAGUUGGUUGUCCGAGGCUGUAACUACAAUCUGUCCGCCAAUAGUAACUUGCCGCUUGGCUGUAAGGACUACAUGCAUACCAGUGUGUGUCGCUGUGUAGGAGACGGAUGUAAUGGUCAGGGAGGACUGGUCAGCAACCCGAUGAUCAUGCUGAUAACAGCGACGAUGACCCUCCUGUUCACAUGUUCCUCCAACGGCCAUUGACCACACGCUAAUACGGACACUACAGUGUUACCCACGUGAUUCAUGAAAACCCUAGCUAUAUAUAGAGGGAGGGGGAAGGGAGGGGUUUAAAAUGUUUGUAUACUGUGAAAAGUGUUAAAAUGCUCAGUUUACUCUCGAGACUACCUUAAGAAGCCCAAUAACUGUCACGUGACGUGGAGAUACAUUGUUAUAUGAUUGAGGAUCACCUAUUGGUGAUGAUGAAAAAUGCUCACGUUUUGUUUAGUAAGCUAAACGAGAUCGACUUUUUAAAAAGAUCGUUGUUCAGGGACAUGUGUCCACCAGUUUAAUUUUGAUGAACAUGAUACUGAAAUUAUGGAUAGGAGAGUUUAAAAUACAUUAUAAAAACUGCAAACUGUUUACUGUCUGGAAAGAAUUCGUUUUGAUACUUUAACGCGAACUUACUUACCCGAGUUAUUUUAUAAACGAGCAUUUAUUUUAAGACUGGGGUAUCACAAACGUACAGUGUGUAGCUCAGCUAGAGUCGAAAUAAACACUUAAUUAUAUUGAA